AAGAACCUGGACCUGGUGGUGGAGAAUGACAAGGAGGAGCAAAGAGCUGAAUUUGAAGCCAGAUAUCAGGAGCAGUGCCAUCUCGGUGCAGGAGGGUAUGGAUACGUGUUUGCUGGCUACCGUAAAUCAGAUCGUUUGCCAGUUGCCAUCAAACACAUUCCAAAGACUAGCGAGAUGAAGAACAGUAAGCAGCUGUCUACAGAGGUGGCCACCAUGUUAAAACUUCAAGCUGCACCACCUCGCUCAGUAGGGGCAUCAGCACCUAUUGAACUACUAGACUGGUUCGACCUGGACCAGGAGCUGAUCCUGGUCCUGGAGAGACCAGUCCCCUCCAAAGACCUGCUCAGGUACGUCUGGGACAAUGGAGCUUCACUGGAGGAGGAAGAGGCAAAGAUCAUCUUGAAACAGCUGAUCGAUGCUGCGAUCCACCUGGAGAACAGCCACGUCUUCCACCAAGACAUCAAGCAUGAAAACAUCUUGCUUGAGACUGGCUCAGACGUCCCUCGUCUCCGUCUGAUUGACUUUGGUGUGAGCAGCGUUGUUGAGGACACAUCUUGUUUUCACGUCUUCAACGGGACGCCUGAACACGCCCCACCGGAGUUUCACAGUCACCAAACAUACAGGGCUGGUCCAACCACGGUGUGGCAGAUCGGAGCUGUGCUGUUUGACAUGCUGCACAGAAACGACCGAUUCGACACCGACAGGUUAAUCAACAAACAGCUGCCAUUCAGCAGGACCUUGUCUGAACAAUGCAAGGAUUUCCUGCAAAUGUGCUUCACUGAGAUCCCCGAGCAGCGGCCGACGCUGGAGCAGCUACGGUGUCACCCGUGGCUCUGA